AUGGCUGAUAUCAACGAAGGGGAGCAGAAUCAAUUAUCCAUUAUUCCAACCUCAUUCAACCGCUCAACAAGGAAUGGAAACAUCGAAGAGAUUGCAAUUUCGGAUGAUCCAGCGCCUUCGCCAGUACCAGACGUGUUGGAACGGGAAAUCGCUCAAUCUCAGUCCAUAGAUUGGCAUGCAAUAGAAUUUACAAAAUCGGAUGAUGCAUACAAUUUCUAUUGUGAAUAUGCACACAAUAGGGAUUUUUCAGUUUUUACAGUCAGACAGUUCAACCUGCCCAAUUUGAAACUGCUAGGGCAACUUAGGAUUUCUUGGCAGUCUGCUUCCGUGCUACUGGCUGAUAUCAGUCCUGAUCAUCUCUAUCUUAUUCAGGUUUUGAUGGCUUUGCAUCCAGAGUAUGAGGCAGUUUGUGCCUCAUUGUUACAUCGGCACCCGCUUCCUACACUGGAUACGGCUAUUCAUGAGAUUCUUUUUGAAGAAACUCAUCUUCACCUCAUCAAGGCUCCUAUACCUGACUCUACUCUUGCAAUCAUCGCCCGAAUUCCUACUCAGAGCCGUCAACUCCGUUGCAAACGAUUCCAGUCCUUUGAUCACGACUUCGGUCACUGCCCCAAGCCUCUGUCACGCCUGCGCCUGCGCCUCCUACGAUCCAAGACUUGGAGGCUUUUCUUAAACGAGUUCUAUCUUCCAAUACCGUCAUAUCUACCACCUCAGGGUACUGUUGUCCAGCGUUCAUGCCCAUACACCUCUCCACAAAACAGUCGUGCCGAAUGUAAACACCAUUAUAUCCUCGAUACAAUCCACAUCCUUCUCUUAUCUGCCUCAUGUCCGGAUCGCUUUUGGGGGGAAGCCGCGCUUACUGCUGUCUACAUUAUAAAUCGUCUUUCUUCCUCUGUCAUGGUUCCCUUUGAUCAUUCAUCUCCAUUCUUUACCUUUUCCUAUCCAUCUCUAUUCCCUUCCGACGAUGCAGCACUGUCCCAUGCUCCUGACGUUUUCCCGGUUGUGCCUCCUGAACCGACGCUGACCCUCGAGCCUGCUACAACUCCCGACUCUGAUCCCUCACCACUACCAGAGCCUAACACUACCUCAACCUCGGACCCUCGGACCCUGAUCCUGGCACUCGUCGUUCCACUCGGGUUAGUCAUCUCCCUCCUCACUUACUCGAUUAUCAUUGCUUCUCUGCCACCUUGUCCCACCAUGACCCCAAGUCAUUUCGUGUGGCGCAAGAAACCUAUCGGCUGUAAGUGGGUAUUCCAGAUCAAAACACACUCUGAUGGAUUCAUAAAGCGCUACAAAGCUCGUUUGGUAGCUAAAGGUUACAACCAGCAGUAUGGUAUCGACUAUGAGGAGACCUUUGCUCCAAUUGCUUGUCUCACCUCCGUCCGCUGUCUUAUAGCUAUAGCUGUCGCUCGUCAGUGGCCCUUACAUCAGCUCGAUGUCAACAAUGCGUUAUUGCAUGGUGAUCUAUUCGAAGACAUUUACAUGUCUCAUCCUCUUGGUUUUCCCACAUCCUCCAAACUUGGAUUCACUUCUAGCUAUCAUGACUCUGUUUUAUUCAUUCGUCGCGGGUCUGCUGGUAUUACUAUUCUGUUACUUUAUGUAGAUGACAUGAUCAUCACAAGCGAUGAUCAGUCCGGUAUCUCUGAGCUACAAGAUCGUUUCUACAACCACUUUGAAAUGAAGAGCUUGGGGUCCCUUCGGUACUUUCUCGGUCUUGAGAUCUCCAACACCUCUGACGGGUACUACCUCUCUCAAUCAAAUCACUUUAUGUCCGCUCCUCGGACGACUCAUUAUUCUGUUAUUUUACGGAUUCUUCGGUACGUCAAAGGCACUCUCCUCCAUGGCCUUCAUUAUUCAGCUCGUUCAUCUUUAGUUUUGAUUGGGUAUUAUGAUGCUGAUUGGGGAGGUGAUCCCACUGAUCGCCGUUCGACCACUGGUUUUUGUUUCUUCCUUGGCGACUCGCUUAUUUCUUGGCGCAGCAAGAAACAGAUAGUUGUUCCUGGUUCAAGUCACAAUAAUAACCAUGUUUAUACAAAAGAACCCAGUGCAGAGUCCGAGUAUAGAGCUCUUGCAGAUACCACUGCCAAGCUUUUAUGGCUUCGUUGGCUCCUAGCUGAUCUCGAAAAGCUAAGGCAUGAGAAGCAAGCGAUGGCCAUGUCCGCUCAACAAGCGACGCUUUCAUCGCUCAUGCCAGCGAUUCAGACACCUGCCGCAGCAAAGCAACAACAACUCACUGCAGAUAAUGCCUAA